AUGGACUUGUCAAAUCUAUCUCAGGAUCUGCCACUGUCGAGACCUGUGUCUGAUGCGUCGAUUGUGAAUCUGAACAAGGAGUUCACUCAAGAAUUUAAAAACGCUGCCAAUAGUGUGGCAUCGCUUUACCGGCUAGCAAACACCAAAACGCUUUUGAUACACAAGAAGGGGUAUCUGGAAGCACUCAAUGAUAUGCUUUCGAUGAUGGAACAAGGGAAACAGGAUCCAGUUCAAUGGAUCAAGUCCAAGAAGUUUGAGCUUUUAGGCGAAGACGCCUAUCGCCAGGAACAGGAACAGCACGAACCAGAAGGUUUAUGUGAUGCUGAUGAUACUACAGAAAUCUUGGUUCAAGAUACACUGGAUAUACCCCAAGACUUCAAGUUUACGGUGUCGUCGCCGUCGCCGCAUCGUUUUCCACCUAGUAUGGUGGCUCCUUCGUUGCAGCAUAACAGCAUAAAGAGGCGUAGCGAGAAGAUACCGAUGCCCAGAAGACAUCAGCUCAAGCAUGAUCAGAUGGAUACAGAGGAACAGGUGAUGUCAAGGCCGGAGGCUGAGACUGGAGCUGAAAUUGCAGAUCCGGAAGCGGAAGGGGGGGCCCGGUGGACUCCUGAACCGAUUACGAAGAAACAGCACAUAUAA